GGCGUUUGGAAGUAGACUAAUUUUGUGGUCGCAGGUUGUGUAAAUUUCCAAAUCCUCAUUUCAUUUCAUAUUCAGCAAAUUGACCGAAGAACAAGCUGAAAAAUGUUGAAAGUACUGAAGCAAAUACCUUCUGUGAGCGGGAGGCUAAGUGGACUUUGUCUCCGUAAUCUUCACAAUGGUGUUAAACUCCACACGCCUCUAGUGCCCAUAGUUAUUGAACAAACGGGGAGAGGAGAGAGAGCAUAUGACAUAUAUUCUAGACUACUCAAGGAGCGGAUAAUAUGCCUUAUGGGGCCGGUAACAGAUACAUUGUCUAGUGUUGUGAUCGCACAGCUAUUGUUCCUUCAAUCAGAGAGCAACAAGAAACCAAUUCAUAUGUACAUCAACAGUCCAGGUGGUUCAGUCACGGCGGGACUAGGUAUAUACGACACCAUGCAGUACGUCUUGCCUCCUAUAGCGACAUGGUGCGUUGGACAGGCCUGUAGUAUGGGUUCACUGCUCCUGACAGCAGGUGCACCAGGGAUGAGACACAGUCUACCAAACUCUAGGAUCAUGGUUCACCAGCCAUCUGGUCAGGCUGUGGGUCAAGCAACAGAUAUCCAGAUUCAGGCAGAAGAGAUCAUUAAGCUCAAGAAACAGAUUAACCAACUCUAUGUGAAGCAUACAGGACAGAGUUUAGAUGUUGUAGAGCAAGCCAUGGAGAGGGACCAUUUCAUGAGUCCGCAGGAGGCCUUACAAUUUGGUCUCAUCGACAAGGUCCUGGACCACCCGCCACACCUUGGAGAGAACAACCAGCAGAGUAACCCUCCUGCAGAGUCCUAGCAUAGGACCAACUUGGAAAGGAACUGGACUUGAAUGAGUGCUGAAGGAACAUAUGCACAUUUUAUGUAAUCAACAGUGUCCUGAUUGAAUGCGGAGUGAGAACCUACAGAUAUGCUAUUGGUUCGCCAGCUUGGAUUCACCGUACAUCCUCCAUAUGGCUGUGGACCUGAUUAAAAGAAGCAGUGAGAAUGAUAUUCACCACUUGAAGACAACAGAUAUGAUGGCUACUCUGUACUUUAUAUGAAUUAAUUGAUUUCUAGGAUUGAUUAUAUUGAUAUUGUGAAUGAUCAAUCGUAAACACUCGGCCCCUAGAUUAAGGGGUGGGUAGAGCUUAAACAUGCUCUUUUGAGGCAAAAAAAAAGUACUCCGGAAGGUCAAGUUCGCACAAAGUUGUAUACAUUUUUUUAUUGCAUGUGUGUGUUGUUUCUUACCUGUUGGUAUGGUCCCAUAUACUGCAUUUGGAGUACUUUUCCUUUGCCUCAAGGUUGUGCGUGCUGAUGGGUAACGAUUGACCAGCCAAGGAUCGUAAAGGUUUUAUCAACAAGUUCUGCUCGGUGGCAACUGCAGUAAAUUCCUUGGGUAACUGGCAAUGACUGGCAGUUUGUCAUUUUAAGCCUGAAAGAGGACCAUGAAGUCUUUCAUUCUAUAGAUCUCUCUCAGUCCUACUAGAGGAAAAUCAAAUUCAACAUCAGUGACCCCUGUUUGUUCCUGUAAAGUAUUAACCUUUUGAACAGUUUUAUUUUCAGUAAUAUACAUUUUCCAUUGGUCCUUACUCUUAAAUAUGUUAUACUAGUAUGAUAGACUUUUUUUCCCCUUAAAUUUCUUGGAGGGGGGAGGAAGGGAUUUAGUCCAUCAAUAUGGAUUUGUAGUAUCUAUCUUUUGAUAACAUUUACCAAUGUAUUAUAUUGUUUAUUCAAAUUAAUAAAGGUAAAAAUAUAAAACUUA